AUAACACAACGUACGCAAUUGCAUGCACUAUAUCAAACAAACAAUAAGAGACAACUCUCAAAUAAAAAACAGGAACAUCAACAGGUGUUGAGCAAGCAUGGGGAUCCCUUCAAAGCAGCACAUUAAUGUAACACUUCUAGUUUCAUUGAUGAUCUUUAGCCUUUCAUCAGCUGAUCCCUUAUUUGGAUUUAGGCCCGAAGAUGAUGAUGCUACAUCGUCCAUACUCAAGUCGAUGGCGCCGACACCAUCCAAGCCGCAUCCACCAGCACCAGCACCAGCACCAGCACCAUCCAAGCCACAUCCACCCGUGCCUACGCCAUCCAAGCCGCCUCAUUCACCGAAAUCUCCAGCACCUACACCAUCCAAACCGGAUUCACCCGCGCCUGCACCAUCCAAGCCGAAGCACGCACCGAGCCCGGGACCACAUCCACCCACACCCUCACCAAGGGCACCAUUGUAUCCACCCCCACCAGCACCGAAGACGGGACGAAGGCUUGCAUCGCUCCCACCAGCCCCAGCACCAAAGCUAGCGCCGAAACCCUCACCAAAGCCAGCACCAAAGGUCUCUCCAUUGCCACCUUCAUCUGAGCCGGCGCCAAAAGUCGCACCCACGCCACAAUCACCAUCCCCAAAGGCACCAUUGCAUCCACCAACACCAAAGUUGGGACGAAGGCUUGCCUCAUUGCUAACAUCACCGAUGCCCACACCCGAACCCUCCCCGAUGCCAUCACCCAAACCCUCCCCGAAGCCCACACCAAAACCCUCACCGAAGCCAUCACCAAAACCCUCACCGAAGCCAUCACCCAAACCCUCACCACCAUCACCAAGGGCACCGUUGCAUCCACCCCCACCAGCACCGAAGCUUGGGCGCAGGCUUGCAUCAUUGCCUCCACAUUCAUCACCCAACCCGACACCUAGCCCUCUCCAAAAAUGAGUUAGAAUAAGCUAAUUAUUGAGAUUGAAUGCAUUGGUACGUCUUAAUAAAUUAAGAUUUCAAUAAAGAAACUCUGAUUAUUUGCUUAUGAGGUCAUUAUUCACAUCUCUCUAUACGGAUGGUGGGUUUGUAUUAACGAAAAAUUUUGAAUUAUAGAAAAUUUUCAAGUUCU